GAAAACAAGCACCAGUGACCACUACAAGAAGGUCCACAAUGAUAUUAAUUAUCCUUAAUCGGUGCCACUCUGUAAUCACACUUAUUAAGGUUGUUUCAGUUGAUUUCUUUAUUGUGUUGAGCCAUGUUAGGUGAAUCUGUAUCUGUAAUUAAGCUUUUUUUUUUUUUUUCAUUAUUAGAUCACUUAGAAUAUUUUUUCCCCAUCAGGGUCAGGGUCUGUGUCGUUCUUCUGGGAUGAAAAUGCUUCAGAAUCACCAAUGAAUUGUGAAUGGGGAAGAAGGUUAAUGGUUCAGAACUUCAGAUUUUAUGUUGCCUUUCGAACCCGGAUUUUCUUUUUUACUUUAGAUACAUUUCUAGACAUCAAUGGAGAUUGGAGAACCUAAUUUGUCACGAUAAGUUUAAAAAAUCCCCUGCAAGUGUUUGGUCGAUGGUCUCAGUCAGAUUGUAAACCAGACAAGUUUAUGAUGUGUUUGAUUUGUCGUUCUUGGACUAAUUCAGCUUAAAUGAUAAUUGUCAAAUACAGUUUUUCUUUGUUCUCUUCAACCGACCCCUCUUCAAAGCUUACCCGAACACUCUCCCUUCGUCAUUGUCUGGUUGUUCAAUCUUCAGCAUUUAUUAUUAAACCUUCUUAAUUUCAAUGAUCUUGUUGCCCGUUGCCCAGAAAUAGUAGGCGUUUUUACCUGCUGAUCCAUACAAUCUCGAAGAUUUUAAAGUAAUGGCUGACCGAUGGAACGAGUGUUGUUCAUGCUUCAGUUGAAAUUUGCUUAAAAGAACGAUAUCCAUCGCUAAUUCCAAGGUAAGGAAAUCUUCGCAGAAAGCUAGUUUGGAAGAAAUAGUUAUUUCCUGAUCUGGGUUUGGAGUGAAAGUGUCAUUUGGUGAUUCUAAUUAAUGCGGAAGAAUAUUUGGUCUAUAAGGGGAAUACUCUGUUCCUAUUUAAUUUCUUGGUCUGUAUAGGGGAAAUGGGAAUACUCUGUUCCUUUUCUUUCCAAAGUUCCAUUUCGUUUGGGUGUGUUUUAAUGGUGCCAUUAACUUGGUAGUGUGGUUCCAAACUCUUGCGUCAGCUAAUCGAUAUUGGGAAGUUGGUAAUGAAGCUCCUAUCUAUGGAAAUGUUCAAGGUAUUCAUGAGAGGACACCGAAUAUAGCUCAAGCCAUUAAACAGAUCAAGAAAGGGAAGUGAUUGAGGUUAAUGAAUGUCUUUAUGGCACCAACGUAUUGUAGAUCUUGCCACAUAACUUGUUUUGACCUUUGCAUUUUUUAAGCUGAUGUUCCCAUGGGAGCAAAUUAGAAGUUGUCUGGUGUUUGACUGGAAAACAGAACAAAGUAGUCUUCAAUUUGGAUACAUUGCCUAUAGCUCUAUUGCUUGAAUGCUUUCGUAAGAAAUUGCAAUCUUGGUUCUGGUUAUAGCAGAGCGGAUUUCCAUUCAUUUUGAUGGCUUCAAUUAGAAGAACUUUGUCUCCAAUGCCACGAGCUGGAGCCAUGCACAAUGGGGAGUUGUACUCAGUCUGUUCUUCUCCCUUGUCCAAGUCCUCCUCCUGUAAUCAGGACUACCCACCAUUGGGAGGAUCUUUAUCCUCCCUGUCUGGUUCAAUGGAUUCAUAUUCAGUUUUGUAUAGACUUCAAGCUGCCCUUCUUGGUAUUAUAACUCGGAGAUUUCGGACCUUAGAGAGGUCAAAAUCAAAGGGGCAACUCUGGAGGAGAGCUUUGUUUCAUUUCUUUAUUUGCUUUUUGGUUGGAAUUUUCAUUGGUUUGACCCCAUUAAUCUCCACAAACAUCUCCAUAAAUCUUGGGUCCAAGCACCAAGCCUUCUCCUUUGAAGUCCUCUCUCCAGAUGGAAAUGCACACCAAUAUGAUGGCACCUCAAAGAAGGGUUCUCUGGCUGAGGCUCAAAGAUCCCAGGACAAUGCCAGUUUAGAAACUUGGUCAGUGAAACAGGAACAGCUGCUUGGAAUUUCUAAUGAUAACCCUGUAACCCAGUUGCCUUUUCAAGAUUCAGAUCUUAUGGACAGGAAGCUUUUGAUAAUUGUGACACCGACUUAUACUCGGCUAUUUCAAGCAUAUUAUUUGAAUCGUCUAGCUCAGACCUUAAGACUGGUCUCUUCUCCUCUACUCUGGAUAGUUGUGGAGAUGUUCUCCCAAUCUGCUGAGACAGCUGACAUUUUGAGGAGAACAGGUGUUAUGUACAGACAUCUUGCAUGCUACAAGAACCUAACCAGUGUAAGAGAUAGACGUGUUCACCAAAGAAAUGUGGCAUUGUCUCACAUUGAAACACAUCGCCUCUAUGGAAUUGUCUACUUUGCGGAUGAUGAUAACAUGUAUUCCGUCAAUCUUUUUGAGCAAAUGAGGGAGAUCAGGUGUCCCAGUCUGGUAUGGAGUGGACUUCUCCAUCUCCUCCACCCAUUCCAUCUCUCAUACCCUUCCCUGAUGUGCCCAAUAUCAGUGACUCAGCUCCUCUACAGGUUUAUCAGCGCAAGAAGAAGGUUGGACAGCCAAGUGGAGAAACCAAUGCUCCAGAUGAUUCACUUCCUCCACCGCCUCCUUUCUCUGGUGAAGCUCCUCCUUCUCCGCUUGAUGACUUACCAAUUGCUCAAAGGAAAGGUACACGUUCUUGCACUAAAAAAUCUAUGGUUGUGUAUCCUAUUGAUAACUUUGUUUCCUUGUCUCAUCUUCCCUCUCCCAUCCAUGGUCUUGCCUUGUCACUUUCUACUAACCUCAUUCCCUACGCCCAUAAUGAUGCCCUAACUAUUCCUGGAUGGAAAGCUGCCAUGGAUGUAGAAAUGGAUGCUCUUUUGAGUCAUGGUACAUGGAGCAGAGUAGAUUUAUCUCCUGGUAAGGAUUUGGUGAAGUGUCGCUGGGUGUACACUGUUAAGUAUCA